AUGAGUAGUAGUUCUUCUAGCGAUUUUGGCGAUUAUUUUGAGGAAAUUGAACAGCAGGAAGGACUUAUUCAAGGUUUCAUGUUCGAACCAAGACGCAUCGUGGACGAUUUCUCAGAGUCGGAUAUCUCGUCAGAUUCAUCAAACUCUGCAACUCACGACAACCGUUUGCAAAAUUCAGAUUGGUGUCAAUGCGAUAAUUGUCAAAUAAUGGAUAGAGAAGUCGAGUGUCUUUGCUGCCGUGAAAUCCCGCAGAUUAUGGAAAAAAACCGUCAAGUCGUUGAAGAGGAACAUCUUGCUGAGCCACUGCGCUGCAUAACGGACAAUCCAGGAUUUAAAGCUGUGUGUCUGAACCGUUGGGUUUUGRAAGCUGCCUGGUUUCACUAUCGUCAGCAAUAUGGUGCCGUUCACACUCCARAGCACAAAAGGAAUCGACACGUAGCAUAUCGUCAGUUAGUGAGAUGGUGUUGGGGUGUCUUUGGAAAAGAAAUUCGAGUGGUUUUACCUUCAUGUGCCGUGAUGUGCAUCCGUGCUCACUUUCCUCCACCUGGUCUUGAAGAUGACUUCGAAUUCUCUGGUUUCCACUAUCCAGACGAGUAGAAUGAUCUGAAAUAGAAUCUGAAAUAGAAUUGUUCUUACAAUAUAUUGUUGUUUAUUUGUUUGAUUCUUUGUAUUGCCUAUGAAAAAUUACACGGUUGUUGUUUACAUUGCAGUAUAGUUUCCCCAUCAGACCGCCUGGAUCUCUAAUGAUGAUUAUUUAUUACAUUACUAUGAAUGUUCAUUGGUUCUUUUUGAUUUUAUUUAUUUUKCAGUUAGCUUGUGAUUCGAGAAAAAGCAGAUUAUCACACUUUAUACUUACCAGUCAUUUUUUAUUUCCUUUUCUCUUUUUUGUCGUUAGAUUGCUAAUUUUCUCUUUUGGUGGUUCUAUGGUUGCAACCUCCUUUGAAAUAUGUUCAGGUACAUGUGUUUUUGAUAGUGUUUUGUUAGUCUUGUGGGAUUCUGCUAUUUCAUCCAUCAUGUUGACAAAUGAAAAUGGCACAAUGUUAUAAUGUUGACAUGUAUUUUGUUCAGAGCACUGCUAUGAUAGCAUAUGUUGUCAUAAACAUCAAUGCUACCAGRUUACUACACACCAUACUUAAUUUACAUUGUAACUAGUGUACUAAUAAAUAAAGUUGAUUGAUUGAUUGAUACUUACCAUGAGAUUGAGAUU